GCGAAUGCAACCAGUGUCAUGCAGUCAUUGUACCGAGUGCACGUGGGAAACGCUGUUCAAGCAGAGGAAAACACGGAAAUCAGUGAAAAAAUAAAAGCGAUAUAUAGAGGAUUUGAAAGGUAGAAGUACCGAAGCAAACGCGAUUCGAAAUGAGGUACAAGCGUAUCGGUACCAUCGGCGCGGUUCUGAUCACAAUUUUGUGCCUCCUGUCGGGAUUGAUGUACUAUUUUAAUCAAGACACUUGUCCUGUGGGAACAUUCCUUUGUCACAACACCACUAUUUGCCUACCUCAGAGAAACUGGUGCGAUCAAGAAGAUCAAUGUCCUUACGGAGAUGAUGAGAUGUUCGAGAAUUGCAAUGAUUAUCACGGCGUAUUGGACUGGUUUGGCAGUGACAGAGACUCCGAACCCGUAAGGGAGUUCGUUUGCGAUGCCACAGACAUUCCAGUCGGAUGCAAGUACGUGAAGUGUCGCGUGACUUGCUACGAAUAUUCCGAAAUUCCCCGAAACCUAUCUCCUCAGACAACAUCUAUAACAUUGUAUGACAGUUCGAUUGAACGUGUACGAAUGGGUGCUUUCGCACAAUAUUCAGAAAUUCGUAUAUUAUAUUUAGACAAUUCUGGUAUAUAUACAAUUGAGAAGGGUGCUUUCCUAAAUUUAACAAAGUUAUUCUGGCUAGCUUUGGAUCACAAUCAAAUCAGUGAAUUUCUUCCGGGACAUUUUACGGGUCUAACUAACUUGGAAUCUUUGAGAGCUAAUAAAAACAAACUAAUUGUAGCGGAUUUCUCAGACUUUCAGGGAUCUGAUGCUUUGUAUUUUAUAAAUUUGAAUGAAAAUCAUUUAACUUCAAAAACGUUGAGGUUGCCGGAAUUGCCAGCGCUUAACGAGAUAUUAUUGGAUGAAAAUGAUUUCGAAACGAUAUCCGAUACGUUGUUUGCUGGCUGUCCAGCAUUAAAAUCACUGAGUAUACAAAAGAAUAAAAUAAAAACGAUUGAUGAGAAGACGUUUCGAAAUUUGGAGCAGCUGGUCGAACUUAAUUUGGCGUUCAACGAAAUAACGACCGUCCCGCUGAAUGUAUUCCAACCAUUAAAAAAUCUGACGAGACUGCAAUUAGGCUACAACCCUCUCCAUAAUUUGCCGAUGGCUGUAUUGAAUCCAUUGACAAAACUUUUAUCCCUCGAUUUGGAGGACAUAAAUUUGGAUGUAGAGAAAAACGCGUUCGAUGUGUUCCCGCAAUUGGACUUCGUAUAUUUCAAAAAGUUUCAUUAUUGUGCAACUUAUGCACCAAAGGCACGACGAUGUCGUCCUACCAGUGAUGGCGUUUCUUCGUUAUCUCACUUACUUGAUAAAACACUGUUACGAGCAGCUGUUUGGGUAAUUUCAUGUGUUACGUGUAUGGGUAACUUACUCGUACUUUGGGGAAGAUUCGCAGCCAACGACGAAAAUCGUGUACUGACUAUCAUCAUCAGAAAUUUGGCAGUUUCCGAUAUGCUGAUGGGAAUAUAUCUAUUUCUAAUCGCUAUGGUGGACAUAAUAUUUCGCGGUAAUUACAAUCAAAUUGCCAGUUCGUGGAUGUCCUCUUGGUACUGUACAUUGGUAGGAGUUUUGGCAAUGACGUCUCUGGAGGUUUCAGUAUUGAUCUUGUCAUUCAUGUCAUUGGAACGAUAUGUGUUAAUCGUGGCACCACUAAAAGGUCACCGUACCGCGACACCCCGGACGACAUCCGUGUCAAUGAUGAUUAUCUGGAUCAUUGGAAUUAUUCUCGCGCUUGUGCCAGUGUUUCAUUGGCGAAGUAGUACGAGAUUUUACGGCUUAAAUGGAAUGUGUUUCCCCUUACACAUCGACGACCCGUAUUAUAUUGGAUGGGAAUAUUCGGCUUUCAUUUUCCUGGGAUUAAAUUUUACCGGGCUGAUUACGAUUGGUUACGUUUACGCGGGUAUGUUCGUGAGCAUUUGGAGAACGAGACACGCGUGUUCUCUUUCCGUCGGAGAUUUCGAGUUCGCUCUACGAUUUUUCUUGAUCGUUCUAACGGACGCGGCGUGUUGGGCGCCGAUUAUUAUUUUGAAAAUUCGAGCUAUGAUGAAAUGUCCUAUCCCAGCUGAUCUUCACGCUUGGGUUGUAGUAUUCAUAUUACCCGUAAAUAGUGCAGUCAAUCCAUUGCUAUACACAUUCACCACGCCUAAAUUUCGAGAGAGAUUAAGCGAAGGGUGGUUUGGGAAGAUACGGAACUGCAUAACACGAAAACCUUCCUCAGCAGAUUCUCAAAUAUCUACAACGAGGAGUAACAAAAAUAUAAUAUUGUCUUUGCCGAAUGGAAAGAAUUGUGGUAACAAGAUCCCUCCCUUGCUUGGAUUUAAUACCGAGAGAGUGCAAUCAUCGGGACAAGAUCGUAUUCUAUGAAUUUUCUAUCCUAAUAUCACUCUGCUAUUACGUACUCCUAUGCAACGAGAAUUACUUUAAUUAAAUGUAAUAACGCUUUUAUGCUGAUUAUGAAUUAACAACCGGAAAUAAUAUCCACGUAUUAUCCGUUGCAAUAGAAUCUCAAAAGAUAUAAACAUGAGUCCUAGAUAACCUGCUGUUAAAAUCCAAGUGUGCAUGUCUUGAAAGUGAAAAUUAUCUGUAUAAAAAAUAAAGCAUGGUUAUUCGAAACUUAUGUAAAAAUA